UUCAUUUCCUUGUCGGCGGUACCCUUCCCAGGCUUCCUAUCCCUUCCCUUCCCUAUCAGCGGACCUAACUGUACCCGGUCGGUCGUGCAUUCUCCCUUUGUUGUCACCGUGAUACCGUCACUGUGUUCUUCCAUUCAAUCGGAAUACUCAAUAACCGUUGCCGCAGCGUCUUUUUCACAUCUCAUUCUUCCCCACCAUGUCUGAACAUUCUAUUAUUGCAAGAUUAUUCGCUUCCAAUGCUCAAUGGGCUGCUGACGUCGACCAAGCUGAGCCAGAGUUCUUUACAGAGCUAGCUCAGGGCCAAAGCCCCCUAGUUCUGUGGAUAGGCUGCGCGGAUUCCCGCGUUCCCGAGUCUGUGAUCACUGGCUCACGUCCCGGCACGAUUUUCGUCCUUAGAAACAUUGCCAACCAAUUCCAUCUCGACGAUGACAGCGCUCUGUCGGCUUUGACCUAUGCCGUUGAUCAUCUCGGCGUCGAACACGUUGUCAUUGUCGGCCAUUCGGAAUGUGGAGGAGCAACAGCCUGUUUCAAUGCGGCGCCAUCGUACACCCCAGGAGAACCAUGUGCUACGGUCGCAGGGCUGUCGCCAGAGGAAGCCAUCAACAAGUGGUUAUGUCCGCUCACGGCCUUGGCUGAGUCGCUCCACCUGUCUUCUGCGCCAAAGGAAGAGGCGCUUCCGAUACUCAUCGAAGAAAACGUCAAGAUGCAGGUAGACAACCUGUCGCGGGCGCCGACUAUCGUAAAUGCGUGGAAGAACAAGAGCGAGAAAGGCAAAGAUGUGUACAUUCAUGGUUGGGUGUUUGAUCUUGCCAGUGGACGGCUGAAGGAUCUGAGGGUUACGCGGGGGCCGUCGUCCAAGUAGACCAUAGAAAAGUGCUGACCGAUUACAUAUUUGUUUCGUAUACCAACGUACCUUCUUCAUUCAUACUGAUUACGCUAAGAGAAGAUAAUUUGUAGUAGAUACUCUUGGUGAUCGAGUAGUCGAUCCGAUCAUGAUGUUCUCCGGAGUCGCUGUUCGGAAGCUUUGUCAGCC